AAGAAACUCUUGCUCCGGCUCCAGCGCUCCGGCGGAAAAAUGGAAUGGAGUGAAACGAGUUUUUCAAUCAUUAUGUACCGCAGCAACAAGUAGUAUCGAACAAAACCCGCCGCGAACGGCCGAGCCAAACCCGAGCCACGAUCGCGCGAGCGAAAGGGAAAGAAAGUACGUGCGAAAGUGAAAAAAAGAGAGCGAGAAAAGUGAGACGGCGGGGUGCAAUAAAACGGCAGCUUCGAGAAGUUCGGACCUAUCCUGGGCUCUGGCGGACCGAAAUCGGCGGUGGAAUCAUCUAGCGCCAGCACCCAAAAAAUCUGUAACUGGCCACCCGAACCGCGAUCUGCUGCUAGCAAAACCGUGGAGUGUGAACAGCGUGUGCGGGAAAGGAGGUAGUGCGGUGGCCGUACAUGGUGUGCAGUGUGUGAGAAAGUGUACGAAAGCAUAAAACUAACCGCUUUUUAAUGGAAAAAACAGCAAUGCCCUGCCGCUUGUGUGACACGAUUUAAAGUGAAACUUUAAAUUAACUUCCUCCCCAAUUUCUCGCUCUCUUUCGCCGGCCACAACCUGGCGCAGGUCCGUCACGUCCGGUCGGUUGCGAUCACUGCUUGUAUGUGCGCCCAGCGGGGGAGAGGGUACGGUUCGCGAAAACUCGAGAUUCGCGAAUUCCAGUGCUCAUCAUAGCCCCCAAAAAACAGCGUGCAGAAAGAAGCAACGGCGCGCGUAUUAAACAUGAGGCUGUUUAUGUGGUACCCUGUAUCGAUAAGAAGUGGAUCAACGAUCGUGUGAGUGAACAAAACAAAAACCAUAAAGAAUUAAGGAAAAACAGAAAGACGCUCGCUCGCGGUGCAGGAGUGAGAUCAAAUUUGGCGCACCGACGACCGCUUUUUGUGAGUGUGUGUGAUUGAGUGUGUGUGUACAUGUGAUGUUUGUGCCUUCCAAGACAGUAAAGUGUCAGUGAGUGCAGCAGGCAAGAAAAGUCCGACAAAACAAACAACCACCAACAAGUGCAGUCUCGGCAAGCCCCAUUCCGCGACCCGAGCACAUCGAACCGAGGCGACCGUUCGCUGGUGGAUUAAUUCAUCCAUCAAGGGAGCACCAACGACGGCAGCAUCAUGUACCGACCGAAUUUCUACGAAUCAACGUGCCUCCGGUGCAGCGAAAUCGUUUACCAGGUGGAUAGGGUGGGCCCGCUGAAAGAUUUUACUUUCUUCCACUCCGGCUGCUUCAAGUGCAAACGGUGCGGAACCAAGCUGACGCUCAAGACGUACUACAACAACCAGCACAAUCAGGAUGAUAAAGAGGUCUACUGCUGCUCACACGUACCAAAAAGUGGUCCCGGCCAUUUCGACCAAACCUCGGUGGGCAUCCGGCAGGCGCUGAACGUACCGAAGAGUACCAACUAUGUGAACGAACAAAUCCGGGGUCAUCGGAACGACAGCAUCGACGGCCAACAGCGACUUGGAACACCGAAUGGGUACAAUAAUGGGGGCAGAGAAGGAAAUACGCCACCUCAAAAUGAUCCGGACUACAAGUACGGCCGGUUCGAUGCAAGCGCCCUACACAUAGCGCAUGCCCUGAAGCAGACAGAGAUUCAAAAAGCAUACGACAAGCCGCGCGAAAAGCCCAUCGAUUACUAUCUGGCGCGCGAUGAACAAGCCAAGCUGGAGAUGAAACAUCGAAAGGAGGAAGAUGAUCUGUACAGAAAGUUUGCCCGCAAACGAGAAGAGGAAGAUCGACGGAUGCAGAGUGAAAUUCAGGACGAAUGGGAGCGCGAGCUGCAGCGGUUAGCGCACAAGUUCGAGAAGGAGCUCACCACCAGCAGACGAUCGCGCGAGGAUCAAAACAUCCUGACGCUGAAGCACGAGCAGCAGAAGGAAGACCUGGAGAAGAACAUGACCAUCCGGAAGACGAAAAAGAAGGAAAGCCUCACGAGAAAGCUGCUCGAGCACGAGCGCUCCGAGACGGCCGCCCUGGUCGACCGGCAGUCGAGCGAAAUGCUGGAGCUGAUCAGUGUACGGCGAAGCGAGUACAUGCAGAGCGAGAGCAUAUUCCUGGACGACGACAUCAACGAGACGGUGGUGGCGAUGGAGUACCCGCUGGUCGCACCGAAGCCGGCACCGCCCGCCCUGAGCAAGUUCCAGGUGUACAACGAUCCGGUUGAGUUUCAGGACGUGGAUCAGAUCGCCAUCACCGUCGCCCAGGAGGAUCAGAAAACGUUCACCGACCUGGUGCGGCAGCUGGUGGGCCGCUGCACCUCCGACAUCGAGAAGGCGCGCACCAUCUUCCGGUGGAUAACGGUGAAGAACUUGAACACGAUGACGUUCGACGACAAUCUGCGGGGCGACACACCGAUGGGACUGCUGCGCGGCAUCAAGUACGGCACGGAGAGCUACCACGUGCUGUUCAAGCGGCUGUGCAGCUACGCCGGCCUGCACUGCGUGGUGAUUAAGGGUUACUCCAAGAGCGCUGGUUACCAGCCGGGCGUGAAGUUCCAGGACUCAAGUCAUCCGAAAAAUUCCAGAUUCCGCAACUCGUGGAACGCGGUCUACGUGGCGGGUGCGUGGCGAUUCGUGCAGUGCAAUUGGGGCGCCCGACACUUGGUCAACGCGAAGGAGGCGCCCAAGACGGGCAAGGGUAAGAACGACAGCUUGCGAUACGAGUACGACGAUCACUACUUCCUGACCGAUCCGCGCGAGUUUAUCUACGAGUUCUUCCCGCUGCAAGAGGAGUGGCAGCUGCUGAAGCGACCGAUUACGCUGACGGAGUUUGAAAACUUGCCCUUCGUGCGAUCGCUGUUCUUCCGCUACGGACUGCACUUUGCCGACGAUGGUUACGGGGCCGUUGUCUACACGGACGACACAGGCGCUGCCACGGUGCGGAUAGCGAUGCCGUCCGACAUGCAGGGUUGUUUGAUCUUCCACUACAACCUCAAGUUCUACGACAGCGAUGAAGAUUCGUUCGAUGGUGUCUCGCUCAAGCGGUUCGUCAUGCAGUCGGUCAUCAGCAACGUGGUCGCCUUCCGGGUACACGCACCCUGUUCCGGUGCGUUCUUGCUCGAUAUCUUUGCCAACGCCGUCACACCGCAGGAGUACCUUACGGGGGAACCGAUGAAGUUCAAAAGUGUAUGCAAAUUUAAGAUUUGCUGUGAAGAGUUGCAGACCGUGAUGGUGCCUUUGCCGGAUUGUGCCAGCGGCGAAUGGGGUCCCACAAAAGCGACGCGUCUGUUCGGACUCAUACCAAUUACACAUCCGGAACCACUCAUCUUUGCCGGACGAGCGAUCGAACUGCAAUUCCGUAUGUCAAGACCGCUGACGGACUUUAUGGCCACACUGCACAAGAAUGGCAUCGAGGAGAAGAAACUCUCGAAGUAUGUGCAACAGGCGAUCCUUGACGAUAUGAUCACAUUCAACAUAAGCUUUCCAGAGGAAGGACAGUACGGGUUAGACAUUUACACCCGCGAGGUGGGAUCAGUUUCGCACAACAAUAAUUCCUCAACCGAAAAGCACCUACUCACACACUGCUGCAAAUAUCUGAUCAAUUCAUCCAAGCGGAACUAAAGGUUUUUACGAUACGGAGAAACAACGCAACCGCGACACUAACAAGCAGCUUCGAAAAAAAAUGUGCACCGUUUAAUGCUAGUGGCCUUUUUAUCCUCUAAACACGCUGUACAUAUGGACAACAUCAGUCACAGUACCCCUCAUUAACUUCCACUCCCUAACCCCUCCCGGAGUCGAGCAACAAGGGCAAAUGAUCCGAACGUGCUAACGAAGAAGAAUCUGUUGUAUGUUUACCGUAACAUGAACGAGAAGUGUACUUUUAGUUUAAAAAAUGUGUUUUCUUUUAAAUAAUAAACUUGUUACAAAUUCAUCCUACCUGAAACAGAA